CACACCUAUCAAGUGUGUUUGUGUGUGUGCAUAAAAAAAUGAAAUGCCUGGUAGUUUCAAGUUAUGCACUAGAGUCUUUACAUCUGCUAGUACCUAGGCUAUAUACAACCGCUGUAUAGUCCUGUAGAUACGUUUAUUUUUUUUUAAAUACCGUGGUAUAGAAGGAUUAAAAUUGUGACACAUGAACAAAACCUGUAGUGCCAUCUUAUCAAUGCCUCAGGUCGACAUGUAGAUAUGUCAAUGGUGAGAAUGCUAUUUUAGUUUUGGGUCAUGGCUUCUCCUGUGUUGGGUCAACAUGGCCCCCCAAAAAACUUCAAAUGUAUAUUGGUUUGGGGAACUCAUUUAAUCCACAGCCAAAACCAUAUGUUCUUUGAUUUUACCUUUAUGAUCGCAACAAUGAGGAAAAACGUCAAAAAUCACAGUAAACAUUUUUUUUUCCAGUGGUGUAUACAAAGUUACCUUUUCACUCUCACCUUAAAUAUUGUUAUAUAAACCAGAUGAUAGACGAACCAGGAUAUAUUUCUACACCAAUACAAAGGAACACUUUUAUCACUAUGUCACAACAUAUACGCAUGUGAUAAAGAGAUUAUUGCUUAAUAAGCUUUUUAUUAAAUCUCUAAAUCAACAGGUUAAGGUGUUCACACUAGGCAGAGCCCCUUCAAAUUAGUAGCAAGCCAACAAAAUUAUAAAAGAAAAGUAACGAGUUAACUUACAGAGAGAGAGGUUCAAUCCAACAGAGAUUCCCCUGUUCUUCACUAACUAAAAAUGUAUUAUUAUUAUUUUAUAAAUACGUGUACAAAAAUAGUGUUAAACAGGGUAAUGGCUUAUAUGAAGGCUAAAAGAGACAGUGGCAUGGAAGCUUUAUACAUCCUCCCUUGUGUACUUGUAACAAUUAACAAACACUACGUUUCAAGUUGAUAAAGUGGAGAGGUAUCGAGGAUGCACAUUUUUUUUCACAAGGUCGAGAUUUUCUCCUCCAUCUUUUGACGUAUCGCUUAACUCAAACUUGGCAGAGACUGACGUGAUGAAAAUACGUUCUGAGUUUUGAGUCAAUCGGAUUUACGGUUCAUGAGAAAAAUCGAAUAUGUCGCACCUUAUGUGUUUUUAAUUUUUUUUUUUUUUUUAAUGUUAUCCCCUUUUCUCCCCAAUUUUCGUGGUAUCCAAUCGCUAGUAAUUACUAUCUUGUCUCAUCGCUACAACUCCCGUACUGGCUCGGGAGAGACGAAGGUCGAAAGCCAUGCGUCCUCCGAAGCACAACCCAACCAAGCCGCACUGCUUCUUUAACACAGCAGUUAGCACUGCGAUGCAGUGCCCUAGACCACUGCGCCACCCGGGAGGCCCCCACCUUAUGUGUUUUUGAGGCAAAUUUGUUCCUUAUGAUGAGAAACACUGAUAUACCAAGGUUCGUGGUUGUACAUAAUAAAACGGGGCGACAGGGCUGAGCCUUAGACUUUGAAUGCUUAUUAUAGCGCCACCUAUGGGCCAAUCGGUGCUGUUUUUGGUAUCUAAGUAGCAGUGUUGAUAUACUUUGAUAUUACCAAAGUAGAAAACAUUUUACCAAUCGGGCAUUGAGAUAUUGCGACAAAGGCAGAAGAGUAAUAAGAAAGAAAGAAAAAUUACAUUAAAAACAAUAGGUUUGCUUGCAAUUUCGCUGCCAAAAUCUAUCAAUGCAGAUAUGUUCCAAUGGCCCUAAUCUCCCAUAUACAGUGAGGUCUGAAAUGAUUGACACCCUUUCUAAAGAUGAGUGAAAAUAACUGUAUAAAAUGAAUAAUUCAAAUACUGAGCUAUAUUGUAUCCCAAACAUUUUUAUAGCUUUUUACUAAUACAAUUGCUCAGAGAAAGAGAUUUUGUUUAACAAGUAAUUUUUUCCCCCAUCUCAUAGGUAGGGGUGAAAAUGAUUGACACCCAUGUUUUCAAUAACUUUCAAUAUCUCACCUUGCGAGGAUAAUGGCACUGAGCCUUUUUCUAAAAUGUUUUAUGAGUUAGAGAACACAUUGUGUGAGGAUCUUAGACCAUCCCUCUAUACAGAAUCAUGAACACGUAUGGUUUGAGUUGAAGAGGGCAGUCCAGCGCAGACAAAGGACAUCCUUGCAAGGUGAGGUAUUAAAAGGAAUUGAAAAUAGGGGUGUCAAUCAUUUUGACCCCUACCAUUUUGAGGAGAAAAAAGUAUUACUUGUGAAACAAAAUCUCUUUCUCUGAUCAAUUGUAUUAGUAUAAAAUAAUAUAAUUUCCCAAUUUUUUUAGCAUACAAUACAGCUCAGUAUUUGAAUGAUUUAUUUUAUACAGUUAUUUUUGCUCAUCUUUACCGAGGGUGUCAAUAAUUUCUGACCCCACUGUACAGUAUAUAGUGAAACUAGCUCUAACGUGGCUGUUUAUUAGUGAAGGGACGUUCGUGAACGAGUUGGCUCUAGGAGCCGGCUCUUGUAGGUUAACGUUGGGAGCCGGCUUGCAUAUCAGAAGAGCCGAAUCUAUUUAUAAAAAUUAAGAUGUGAAUAAUCAACAGAUUUAAAUUAUUAGAAUUAACUAAUUCAGAGAAUGAAAAAAUAAAUGAAAUAAUAUAGGCCUAAAUGCUCAAGCGCAAACAUUCGUUCUGACUGUCUGCUCAGACUAACAGCCUCACCUGUAGUUCCUGUCAAUCAGACACGCAGUGUCAACCAAUGAACCAAAGAUGCGUGAGGGAGGGCCGAGCCAACUCACUCAGUCACACACUUAGCAGCCGAGGAGAGAGAGGAAGGACAGCUGUGAAAACAACAGCUGGAAAAUGAGUCGGAAGCACAGUAGCAUUUGGAUGCAUUUUAAUAACGUAGACAAUGUUAGAGCACAGUGUAGAAUUUGCCAAAACAAAAUCUCAUAUAAAGCCGGUUCUACGCACAACUUACACUGGCAUAUGUGAACUGUGCACCCAACUGUGAAGCUACCUGUAGCGGAGCUUCGAGAAACUAGCGGGCCUGCUAGUGAUAGUGGUGGAGCCAGCACCUCCACACGUGGAGAUGUAUCCACUCAGUCAAGUAGGUUUACUCUGCGACCCACAGCAACGCAGUCUUCUAUGGACCAGUUUAUGCCAAAGUCUAUGUCUGUAGCAAAACAAGGCCAAAUUGAUAUUGCAUUGGCUAAAAUGAUUGCCACCGAUUUCCAGCCAUUUUCGAUUGUGGAGGACAGAGGUUUUAGAAAUUAUAGCAAUAGUCUAAAUCCAAUUUACACAAUUCCAAGCAGGAAAACCUUUUCAAAAUCACUUAUUCCACAGCUGUAUGAGAGCACACAGGCUUCAGUGCGGGAAAGAGUCCAAAAAGCUACUGCAGUUUGCCUUACCACUGACUGCUGGACAUCAAGGGUAACCACUUCUUACAUGUCGGUUACAUGUCACUUCAUUGAAGAUUUUUCGAUGUCUAGCUGUCUUCUGGACUGCUUUGAGUUCAGCGACAGACACACCUCAGAGAACUUGGCAGAGGAACUGUUGAGAGUGGCCAGAGAAUGGCAAGUAGAUGGAGAAGUGGUCUGUUGUGUUAGCUACAAUGUAGCUAACAUAACCAAAGCAAUGAACAUUUUAAAAUGGACCUAUCAUCCAUGUCUUGCCCACACAAUCAACCUGAUUGUAAGAGAUGCUCUGAAGGUGAAGAAGCCCACUGUGGACAAAGUGAAAGCAGCUGUGGAAUACUUCCACAGGAGCACAGUAGGUGCUGAAAAACUAAAGUCUACACAACGCCAGAUGGGGGUGCCUGAGCUGAGGCCUAAACAAGACUGCACUACAAGGUGGAAUUCAACAUUUUACAAGUUGAAGCGGUUUCUUGAGUCAAAGGAUGCCAUCAUCUCUACCCUGGCCAUUGUCAAUGCACCUGUUGAUGCUCUGACCCAAGAGGAAUGGGAGGUGGUGGAGGAGGUGUGCAGAGUCCUGGAACCCUUUGAGCAGGUCACUGUGGAGAUCAGUGGAGAGCUAUGUGACAGCCUCAAUAAUGAUACACCUGUGUAAGGGUCUGCAGCGAAUCACAGCCAGCCACCAGAGAGAAGCAAAUGUAACCACAGGACAUGUGACAGAGUUGAUGGACACCCUAUGUUCAUCAAUGGAUAGAAAGUUCCACAGAAUGGAAUAUAAUAACGUGCUAUCAGAAACCGCUGCACUUGACCCCAGGUUUAAGAAGUUAGCCUUCAGUGAUGCCAGAGCGAUUGAUGAGGGUCUUCAAAGAAUAACCUCCGCAGCAGGGAGGGACAGCCCCAGCAGUCAGCUGGCUCAGGCACCAGGGCAACAGGAAGACGAGGGAUCAAAGUGAGCAGAAGAACCAGCAGUAGUGCCACAAACGUCUGCUGUUUCGAUGCUGUUUGACGAGAGAGCAACUGGGGAUGCAGCACGAAGGAAUCCCUCAGCAGAUGCCAUAAUGGAGGUCCGAUCCUAUUUGGAGGAGCCCCUCCUCUGAGCUGGUGGAAGAACAAGGCCUCUGUCUACCCACGGCUUACUAAAGUCAUGACAGGCAGACUCUGCAUAGUGGCCACAUCCCUUCCCUCUGAGAGGGUCUUCUCGAAAACGGUACUAAUAAUUUAAGAGAGAAGAAACCGCAUCAGCCCCUCGAAAGUGAGGCAGCUAGCAUUUCUGAAUGGAAAUCUCUCAUAAAAGCAAAAUAUGGUCAGCAUUGCUGUGUGCUGCUGGUUAUAACAUGACAAUAAAGAAGAGAGAGAAAAGAGGGACCAGUUUAAUGUUUUAAGUGGGAUGCUGAAGUUUUGCACAUUGUUAUUAAUUUUUAUUUGAUAUGGUGCAAUGUUCUAUUGUUAUGUUGUUCAGAUUGUAUUCGUUUUGAAUUGUUACAUUUAUAUGCACUUUGUUAAUAUACAUUAAAAAAGUUAUACUUUAAAUGCACAUGUGUAAUAGCAUCCUUCUUUUUUACAUUUAUUUCAAUUUGUGGGAUUGUGCAGUUUUGCAAAUUGUUAUUUAUUUUUCUUUGAUAUGGUGCAAUAUUAUAUUAUGCUGUUCAGAUUGUAUUAGUUUUGAAUGGUUAGAUUUAUAUGCCCUUUGUUUAUAUACAUUAAAGUUAUACUUUAAAUGCAAAUGUUUAAUAGCAUUAUUUUUCAUAACAAACCAAUGCAUUUUUAAAUGCAUUGUGGUUAAGUUAGAGUGUGAUUUCAUUUAAUCAUUCAAUUAGAAUUGUUUUAACACCAAUCAUAGUCAAACUAUCGCAAACGGUUUAACUUGAGAAAAAUACAAAACAUAUUUUUUUAAAGAGCCGUUUGGGAGCCAAAAGAGCCGGCUCACUGAAAAGAGACGGAAUGCCCAUCACUACUGUUUAUGAAACUAGCUCCCAACUAUCUCUGAACCAAAGCUAUUCAAUGGAGUUUCAGUGUUUUAGCUGUCUGAAGCAUGCAGUCACUGGAACCGGAGUUUAUUUGAUCACACGGCACAUCUAUGGACUACACCUUCCUACUAAAUACAUUCCCAAUAUUGGCAUUCCUUUUCCUACCGACAUCUAGCAAAAUACUUUCAUUUUCCAAGCUGUUUGAAAAAUGUUCAGCGCUUACCUCUUUUUGUGUUUUUUUACAUACACUCUUCUGAGCAGAAGAGACACUGAAGAGAGAGACAUGAGGAGAAGUCUCUAAUCCUGCAUCUCAGUUGUCCAUUCCUAGAUUUGAGAAUGCCACACUCUUACCCGGGGUCAUCUCUUUUAGUCCUUUUCAUGUUGGCAUCAUUCUCGCAGCGCAUUAGACCGGUGACAAUGAGCCUUUUAAAGUCAUUUUCCCCGACGUUUGCAGAGAUCACAUUCACAGUAACCACUACCCAUGUGGAGUUCAAUAACAACACUUAGUCUGUUACGGUGCCAUAACGCAGCUCUGAUUGAUUCCCAACCUUUGCCGUGUUUAGAUGGAGCCAUAGUUGUAAGACCCAGACAGCACAAACGGCAACUGUUCUGACCUAUUUGUGUCAUAGUCACAGGAGAACAAACAUCAGAGUGUAUAAAAGACGGGAACUAGACUUGGCACCAUUGAAACAUCAACAGGAAGUGAGAAAGACUUUCUGUACCGAGACAAAGGGGGACAUAUUGAGACGUUAUGGUGAGACAUGUUGAGAUAUGAUGCUGGAGGUGUGUGUCACUAUUGUCCUGGGCCUUCUCCCUUUUACCUCUGAGGAACUCCUGAGAUCAUUGGAGCGGCGCAGCCUCAAUCAAAUUCUGGGUGUCUAUUGUUGAGAGUUCAGACCGUCCUUCCUGGGAGUUGAUGCUGAUGUUAUCGCACAGUUUAUGGAUAGGUCUCUUGUGCCUAUUGGUACCCAGAACAACUCCCUUGACGUCACCCAGUUCCAUGACUUCAGAGGAACAUGCUUCAGGAUCAUCUCUAACUUGACUCUACAUGACAAUAACACAUGGAACUCAGUAAUACCCGUCCCUGUUACUGAGGUCCUCCUGACAACAUGCCCAGAUUGUGUCUCCUCACUCUGCAGAGAAGCACUGAGGCUGGGAAGCCUCUCCAAAGCUCUUGGAGUAGGUGAAGGGAGCUCGCUCUCUGCUGUGGAACCAACGAGUACAAUAGGGUUUCUUGCAGAUUUGCUGGGAUUGGCAUAGGGUGUUGGGGGGUUUUUACCAUUUGUUUUUGGAUUUGUAAUGUCUUACUCAUUGUUAGGAAGAAUUUUGGUCCAAAUUGGAUGUUGGGUACUAUAUUUAUUGAAUAUUGUCUAAAUCCUAUGCUCAGAUAUUGUCACCCCUCCCACCUGAUGUAAGACAAAUGCAUGUCACGUUCCUGACCGGUUUUCUGUUAUUUUGUAUGUGUUUGACGGUCAGGGCGUGAGUUUGGGUGGGUAGUCUAUGUUAUGUGUUUCUAUGUUUGUAUAAGGGUGACCUGAUAUGGCUCUCAAUUAGAGGCAGGUGGUUUUCAUUUCCUCUGAUUGAGAGUCAUAUUAAGGUAGGUGUUUUCACACUGUUUGUUUGUGGGUGGUUGUCUCCUGUGUCAGUGUUUGUCGCGCCACACGGGACUGUCUCGGUUUAUGUAGUCUGUUCCUGUUCGUGAGUUCUUCAUGUAUUUAUGUAAGUUCCAUGUCCAGGUCUGUCUACUCCGUUUUGUUAUUUUGUUAAUUAUUCAAGUGUUUUCGUUUCGUGUUUUUUUGUCUUGUUUAAAUAAAUCAUGUCAUAUAACAACGCUGCGUUUUGGUCAAAUCCCUGCUCCUCCUCUUCGGAUGAAGAGGAGGAAGAAAGCCGUUACAAUGCAAUGGUUUCCUGUCAUGUUUCUUAAAAGUGACACAGUAAAUAAUAUCACAUUAUGUACCCAUGUAAACAGUAGACUUUAGGGAACACUUAAUUUAAUAAAAUACAAAAUAAAAAUUUGACUGCGAUUUCUUAAGGUUUCUCAUCAUUGUUGCGAUCAUAAAGGAAAAAACAAGAUUCCAUAUGGUUUUGGUUGCUGAUUUAAAUUAUUUCCCCAAACCAAUACAUAUAUUUUAAGCUAUUUUGAGGCCACAUAGAUCCAACUCAGGAGGAGCCAUGAACCAAACCAAAUGCAGAUAAAUGCAUUUCACGAUUGACCUAUACGGCGCUCAAAGCCCGACCUUAGGCUUUGAUGAAAUGGCACCUUUUUGUUUUACAAGUAUGCCAAUUUUAAUACCAAAGUGAACAAUGUGGUCUUUUUUUGGAGUUUAUAACCUGGACUAAUAGUGAAUAUACUGUAUUAUUAUCUGCAUGUAGACCUACAGUCCUUCCUAACAUGGAUUGAACAUCAAAACGUUCUCUAUCUGCAGGGU